CGUAUUUAAAGAAAAGGAUGAUGAAUGGGGAAAAGACACAAGGAAUUCUGCCAGAAGAUGAAACUCCAGACAUUCCACAUCUGCUCGUCUCUGCUCAUGUCAUUGCCGUUGCUCUGUCCUGAAGGAGGUCUGAGCUUCCCUCUGCAUCCCGUCUUACCUGAUUAUGAAGCUGCACUGAUCGAGGCCUGGGUGAAGCUGAUGGAGAAGGUGGAGAUGAUGGAAGCGGGCAGGAGAGCUCUCGGACCCUCUGUGAAACACCCGAUGGAGAUGACGUACUACAAGAGAGGAGAAGAAGAGGAAGACAUGGAUGAAGGUGCUAUACAACGAAAUGAAGUGCUCUCGUCCAUCGCCGGGGGUCUGCAAGCUUUCAACAGACAGAAAGGAGGCUUCGGAUUCCGUUUCGGGAGGAAGUGAUAAAGAAGGAAAGAAAAGAUGUGUGUUUGUAUAGGGAUUAGUACAUAUGUAUAUUUAUACAUAUAUAUUACAGUAUAUGAAUAUAUCUGUGUGUGUGUGUGUGUGUGUGUGUGUG